CCUCCAAAACUCAUUCCCCUCCUCUUAAACACCACCACCUCCUUCCUCCUCCUCCACCGGCUGCCACCGGAGUUCCUCGCCCGGUGGCGCCCUGCUUGCCGCCGAUGGGACCUGCCGAGCGAAAAAACCCUCCUUGACCUCUGCCGCCUCCUACAAACCGCCAUCUGUAACAACACCCUCCUCCUCCCUCCUGCUCCAGACCGCCACAACCGACCCCAGAUUGCAAAUUCAAGCCCUGAACCGACACGAAACCUGCAACCCACUGAUAUCUCCCUCUGGGGUGUCCCCCUCAACCCUAACGAAAACCACAAAAAAACAAACACCCUUCUCCUCAAAUUCCUCCGUUUGAAUGAUUUUAAGCCUGUUGAAGCGUUUGAGAUGAUUCAGAGAACGUUGAAGUGGGAAAAUGAGGAGACAAGAGAGAAGUUGCGGUCGAGGGUGAAGUUGUUGGAGAAGGGGAUGAGAGAGAACGGGUCAAUGGUUCAGAUUAUCGAUCUCAAGGAUUCUUCGAUUGCUUCGAUGAAGGAUCUGAAGAGUGUUGUGCAGAAGUUGUUCUCUGUUGUUGAUGACAAUUAUCCAAAAUUUGUUGAACAGCAUAUAUUUGUAAAUGUUUCGUUUCGCUACUAUGCUUACAGAGGCUUGUUCUCUCGCAACCUGAGUCAGAGAACAAAGAGCAGGUUCAUCUUUGCUAAGCCAUCCAAAGUAACUGAAACACUUCUCAAGUUCAUAUCGCCCGAGAACAUACCAAUCCAAUACGGUGGUCUUCAGAGAGAUGAUGAGGAUGAAUUUUUAGAGAAUGAUGGGAAGGCUUCAGAGAUGUCAAUCAAAGGAGGGGCUUCUUCAACCGUUGUAAUUCCAGUUACUGCGCCAGGGGUAACCGUUGUUUGGGACAUAGCAAUUGUGGGAUGGGGUGUCAACUACCAAGAGGAAUUCAUCCCGGACGAUGAGGGCUCAUACAAAGUUUUGAUCAGAAAGGAGAAGAAACUGGACGAGCCUGUUAGAAACUCUUACUACAUUAGUGAACCAGGGAAGGUGGUUUUGACGGUAGCAAAUCGAUCUGCAAAGAAGAAGAAGAUCCUCUACAGAUCAAAAAGCAAGCCCACUGUUCCUGUGUACAAUUUGAUUAACAAUCCUGACAUGUAUUCCGCGCAAAAUAAUCGCAAGAUUCUGAUUUCUGGAUGAUGUUUUCGUCCCAUAGUCAAUGUAUUAGGAAACUAAAUGCAUGUAAACCAAUGUAAGUCUUUUGCAACACCAAAACGAAAUCAACAAUGCUUGGUAGGGAUCGCCAAUUGUUAGCUAUUUUUUUAAGCUUUCAUGGACCACUUACAUGUCCAAAGAGGCUCACAGAGUUUCAAGAGAACAGUAGAAGAAUCACAUAAAAAUUGCCAUCAAACCAUCCUGCUAGCGCUUAUGUGCUACCGCCCCCUCGUUAGAAAGGGGGGUUUAUAAUAAUGUAAACCAAUACAAAGUAACAUUGGAAAAAAAAGGUGUUAAAGAAAUCCGGUAAAAGUACAGCAAGUUGCACCUUUUUACAAAAGCAAACUACAAGCAAAGAAGUGAUAGCCCCACAAUCACAA